AUGCACAACUCCCCAUAUCCCUCCCCCCCCUCCACCAGUUUCGGCGUGCUGGCCCUGGAGCUGCUGACGAACCGGCACGCAGUGUUCAUGCUGGAGGGCGGGCAGCAGGUGAACAUCAAGGAGUGGACGGCCAAGAAGCUCGCCAGCAGCCGCAUCGCAGACAUCUGCGACCCGCGCAUCGCAGCCCCCGACGCCCUCGUGCGGUGCCUCGCAGAGCUCGCCAUCUCCUGCACCACCAUGCCCACCGCCUCCCGCCCCACCAUGGGCAAGGUUGCGAGCGAGCUCGAGGCGCUCAAAGACGAGUUUGUCGGGCACGAGGUGAACCGGGCGGCGAGGAAUAUCGACGAGCAGAUUCAUUCGGCGUCGCAGCUGCACCGGCCGCUGGAUGAGGAGCUGGAUAGGAUUUCUAAUAUGACGCCGAGCAGCGGGCCGGGGAGCACGAUGCGUGAAGAGGGCAGUGGGAUCGUGCCGGUUAGUGGCAGCACGCAUGAGGAGGAGUCGCUGUGUGUGAAUGUCUCGCAUGCUGCUGGCCUGGUGGCUGAAAGUGCCCUCAGUGGCGCGGUGGUGCUCACUGGUGGCUUGGUUACUGGGCAGCAGAAGUUGCUUACUGCCAAGCCAGCACCCUAA